AUGAAUGAUCAUGAUGCUUUUAUGUGCACCAAUUUUCCUUGUGAAGAAUGUGAUGGAAUUGAAAAUGAGCAUGUGAAUUACAUUGGUAACCAUAAUUUUGAACCUAGAUUUGAGGUUCAAAGAAAUGUUGGAAAUAGGAAUUAUCACAACCAAGAGAACUAUGAUAUAUAUAAUCAAAGUGGUGGUUGUAGAAAUCAUGUAUUCCAAGAGAUCCGUGGUGGCUAUAACAAUGAUGGUUAUAAUGGUCAAAGUCACGACCGAGGGCAUGGGGAUCAUAACCGAGGUUAUGGUAACCAUAGUCAACAUCAGAUCCAAAAUCAAGCUAAGGGUAAUUGGAAUAAUCAAAGUAGGGGAAAUUUUCAACCUAAUGUUCAAAGAGGUACCCCACUUGGAUCCAUUCCAAAUACUCAAGGCCCAAGUGAUAAUUUCCAUGAUCAACCAUUUUCUUCUAGGAGUUUCUUGGAAGAGGUUUUUGAGAAACAAGCCAAUUUGAUAGAAUCUUACAUGGCCGUGAAUGAUGAGAAGUUUAAUGACAUGUUGAUUCAAAAUAAGGAGCUAGGAAACCGAUUUUCUAAAUUGGCUAGUGACUUUAAGGAAUUUAAGAAUUCUUCUUCUUCUUUGACUUCAUUGAACUUAGAUUCUAAGAACUCUAUUGAUGCAAUUGUCACUAGGAAUGGUAGGGUCCUUGAGAGUGGAGUACCUAAGAACAGUGAUGCUAGAGAGAGUACUAGCAAGAGCCCUAUUGAGAUUGAGGGAGAUGAGGGUCCCAUAAUUGAGAAAAUUGAGGAGGAACAAGUAGAAAGAGUGAAAGAGAAAAAGAAAGAACUUUACAAGCCCAAGCUCCCUUAUCCCCAAAAGUAUAAUAGGCACAAAUUGGAUGAGCAAUUUGGAAAAUUCAUAGAGAUGCUUAAGCAACUUCAUCUUACUCUUUCUUUCACCGAUGUGGUAGAACAAAUUCCAAACUAUGCUAAGUUCCUUAAAGAAAUUUUUAGUGGAAAGAGGACAUGUGAUAUGGCGAAGACGGUUACCCUAACCGAGAAUUGUAGUGCAAUCCUAAUGAAUAAGAUGUCACCUAAGUUUAAGGAUCCCGGAAAUUUCUCUGUCCCUUGUACUAUUAAGAAGAUGCAAUUUGAUAAUGCCUUAUGUGAUUUAGGAGCUAGUGUUAGCCUUAUGCCAUAUUCGGUCUAUGAAAGACUAGAUCUAGGGGAACUUUUACCUUCCAAGAUUACAUUGCAAGUAGCCGAUACGUCGAUCAAGAUCCCAAAAGGUAAGGUAGAAGAUGUUCCCUUGAUGGUGGGGAAAUUUGUCAUUCCGGUAGAUUUUGUUGUAUUGGAUAUGGAUGAAGAUUCUACUAUCCCUAUCAUCUUAGGUAGACCAUUCCUUGCUACAUCGGGGGCUAUGAUUGACGUCAAGAGUGCUAAGAUAACUCUUAAGAUAUGA